CAAUUUUUCUGAUUUAAAAUAACGUUUCUAGAAACUUGUGUUCAAAAGCAUUUAUGUAUUUGUACUGAGACAGGUUAAUAUGGCUGCGACUAAUAAAAGUGUCGACUCUAGUGAUGUGGUUAAAACGCGUGAAAGUUGCGAUGAUUCCGAAGAUGAAAGUGAAAUAUUAGAGGAAAGUCCUUGUGGGAGAUGGUUCAAAAGGCGUGAAGAGGUUCAACAACGAGACAUACCAGGUAUCGAUGCAGCAUAUCUUGCUAUGGAUACUGAUGAAGGCGUUGAAGUGGUUUGGAAUGAAGUGCAGUUUUCUGAAAGGAAAAAUUUCUUGUCUCAAGAGGACAAGAUUCGUGACAUGUUUGAUAGUCUGACUCGUCUGGAUCAUCCUAACAUUGUUAAGCUUCAUAAGUAUUGGAUGGAUAAGGAUUCAGAAUGUCCUAGAGUCAUAUUUAUUACUGAAUACAUGUCUAGUGGAUCUCUGAAGCAGUUUUUGAAGAAAACCAAGCGUAAUGUCAUAAAGUUGCCUUUACUGUCAUGGAAGCGGUGGUGCUCUCAGAUUCUUUCUGCUUUGAAUUAUUUACAUUCAUGCUCUCCCCCUAUAAUCCAUGGCAAUUUGACAUGUGAUACUAUAUUUAUACAGCAUAAUGGGCUGAUUAAGAUAUGUUCCGUUGUUCCUGAUGCCAUUCUCUACCACAUAAAAACCAACCACAAAGACUUAAAAAAUAAACAUUUCACUGCUCCAGAGUACAUGUCUAAAACACUUCCUCAUCUGACCCAAGCUGUUGAUGUUUAUGCUUUUGGUAUGUGUGCUUUAGAAAUGGCAGCUUUAGAAAUAUCAGCCUCUGGCGAUAAAGAGAGCCAAGUUACAGAAUGUAUUGUGAAUAAAACGAUUGAUUCGUUGGAAAAUCAUCUACAAAAAGAUUUUAUCCAGAAGUGCCUUUGUAAAAAUCCAUGUGAUAGAGCAACGAUCAGAGAACUUUUAUUUCAUUCAGUUAUAUUUGAAGUACAUUCUCUAAAACUGUUAGCUGCUCAUGCCAUUGUAAAUUCUGCCAUUUACCAACCGGAUCAGCUGACCGAUGAGGUUUUGUUUGUUAAGUAUGACACAGAAGAUGUUCUUGCUCACGUACCAUUCCAAGGUAAAUUACCUGGACCUAUGGUAACCCGAACCAAAGCUAAGAAGUUGGAGAUAGAAAAAUUUCUGAAUGAUGUCCGGAAUGGUAUAUACCCUCUCACUGCUUACGCUAUGUCUCAUCCCAUCGUACAGAAGCGUCCCUUGUUGUCUGAUUCUUCGAGGUCCACAUCGAUUGCCCCGCAAGAAAUUGAAACUCGUAGAAUUGUGAAUAUAAUGUGUAAUGUUAAACCACAAGAGCAGGGGCCAAACUAUGUGUUGACUAUACUUCUGAGGAUGGAUGACAAAAUGAAUCGGCAGUUGUCUUGUGAAAUAACUAAAGAUGAUGAUUUUGCUGGUUUGUCAGAGGAAUUAGUAUAUCACGGGUUUAUUAGUGAUGAAGAUAGAGAGAUGGUGGCAAAUUUAAUUGGAGACACUAUUAGCCGUCGCCAUAUACCUGAUCUGCCUAAUACCAAUAAGUCUUAACAGAAUUUGCAACUUUCAUAUUGCUUAAGAAAAUGAGGUUAAACAGCUUGUGAAUGAAUUAAUAUUUCCUCUCAAUAUAAAUAUGUGCACAACAUAUGGCCAGCGUACCUUCGAACCAGAUACUAAUGUAUAAACUAUGUAAUUGCAUUAGGGAAGGCUGUAGUUUUUUAUUUUACUUUUAAAUCUGUUGUAACAUUAAACUUACAAGUGUGUAGGACCUAAUCAAAAUGUUAAAAGAUUAUUACUUGUAAAAAAGAAAGUAAGUUUAGAAUAUUAAUAACUCAAAGAUUUAUUUAAUAUCAAAGAUUUAUUCAAUAUCAAAGAUUUAUUCAAUAUCAAAGAUUUAUUCAAUAUUUAAUAAUAUAAAGUCAUGAAUAAAUUUAUAUAUGCUUUAAGCAAUAAUAUCAGCAAGGAAAGGAUUGUAACUUGUAAUUUUGUUCUUUGAAAGAGAAAAGUUUAAAACUUACUUUAUUCUAUUUUAAAUAUUGACGAUACGUUUUUUUUUCUUUCAGCAACAAAAGGUAUUUUAAAUUAUUUUAUUAUUAUUAAUAUGAAUGAAGCAAUAAAUAACUUAAUCAUUAGAGACCUGGCCAAAUUUUAUUUAGUUCGAUUCAGCAAAAGCUGUAUUGUUUUUUCCAUUGCAUUUCAUUUGGAUCAGGUUGUGCAUCCUUACUUUAUAAUAUUAGGAUAUAUUUUUAAAAAUAUUUUUAAGCUGAUUAGACUGAUUAUAUGGAACGCAACAAUAGGCCAAAGGCUCAGUUUUGUGUUAUUAUACAACAAAGUUUUCAUUAUGGGAAAUUAACUUAUUAUAAUUGGUAUAUUAUUCUACUUCAUGUAGUAAUUUUUUAAUUAGGGAUAUAAAAGUUUUAUAUUAUAAAGGAUAUAUUUAUCUUGUUAAUGUGCUUUAAGAUUUUUAAUAAAUAAGUUAAUUAAAAGUAUUUACAUGUAUAGUAUAUUGGUGAAAUUAGAUAGUAAAAUUUUAUUUAAAGUUGCUUAAAAUGAUCUUUAACAUAAUAUUAGAAAUAAGCAAGGAUACAGGUAUGGGAAAUACUGUAGACCGCUGAUUAUCCGGACCAAGUCUGAUCCUGGUAAAGAAAAACUGAGGUAAUUGGACAACUUUAAAAAAUGGCUUUGUUAAUGUUUUUAAGUAACUUCCCAUCAUACUUUUUCCAGGCUUAGGAUUGGCAAUUGUAAUUGCGUCUAUUAUAGUAUACUACAAAUAAUGUGUUGAAAAGUUUGAAAAUUUUAUUGAAAAACUGUUUCUUUAUUAAACUCCUUGCCACCCACUUCGAAACUGAGUGGAAAGAACGUUAGGUUCUCUGCAAAGUCACAGAAGGACAAAAGCCAUUUUUAAACACCGUUUAAAAUAUUCUGAAAAUAAAAACAUUUUUGCAAUUAUUAUUAUGAAGAAGAAGAAGAUGGGAAAAAUGCAUGGUCAUUGAUAAUCAUACAAUCCGAUUAAUUGGCGUUCAGAUAAUUGGUGCUCUACUGUAGAUAUAUAUAUAUACAUUGGUUAUAAGCUUAUUGUUUUCUAACUGGAAGAAAAAAAUAUUUUU